AUGAGCAUCUCAACGAACAAAUCCAUCAAGAUCAACGUCACCGUGACGAACUCCAUCAGGACCGUUCUUCCCCCUACGAACUCUGUUGAGAUCUUGAAGGUCAGGACGGGCUGUCAAGGUAUGUCGGCGAUGAUCCCCCGUGACUGUGAUGCCUGGUCUACGAUACUGGCUAAACAAGUCAUCAUUGUGAUUUUCUGGGUGGCCACAGAAGGCCACAUCGAUGUCGCGCGCAAAUAUCAAGAUGACUAUGAGCGUGGCCUUCCAGAAGAACAACCCUCAGGACAGGAUCACUCACCGUUUCGCGACCAUGACUUCUCUACCCUCCUUUGGAUCGUCAAUCAGCCUAGCUGCAACGAUUUUAACGCUGUGAUGCGGAUCGUAAACAACAUAUGGAGAACCGUCAUCAAGCGGGGGGUCCUAUGGACAAUUCUUCGCCCGAGCGGGUGUCGAAGGUGA